AUGGGUCCUUAUCUAAGGAGGCGACUGGCAGCCCGACUGUCCCGCAUCUCUGACGCUCCGGAGGAUACUGAAGAAGCCAUCGGUCUAAUUUCACGCCUCGUCAGCAACGAGGACCUGUUGACGUUCUGUAAUACGCUGGCUCCAGACUCCUUCGGGGAGGCGAUUCUUCAACCUCUCCUUUCGUUUGCCCAAUCCCCCAAGGCAGUGGCACAUUUGGCGAAGCUAUGGAAUAGACCAGACGUCUUGCAGUCCGUCUUUGUCAGGGACCCAAGUGCUCUCGACCAGCCGACAAUUGCUCGAAUGCUCUAUGAAGCCAUCUUCAAAAAUCAAGUGGAAUUUGUCAAGUUGCUCCUUCCGCAGCUGAAAGAUUUAAGCCUCAUCCGAACUUACUGGGCUUAUUUCCUCUACACCGAUACCGAGGAAUCUGCGAAUGUGAUGAAGGUGUUGACGUCCUUAAAAAUUUUAAAACGUGCUCACCUUGCCGAGGUUGGAAAAACAUGCAAUCGGCCGGUAACUGUAAAAAUGCUCAAGAUUUUGAUUGAGCGUCUACUGAAGUGUGACAUUGGAGCCAAGAUAUUCCAUGUAAUGGUAGGCGCUGCAGAAAUGCCUAUAUUUUAA